CUUCCUUCGAUUCCAGUUGCAGUAGGCGACGAGAGAGAGUGAGAGAAAGAGAAGAGAGAGAGACCAUUUUCAAAAAGUGGAUCUAACGGUAAGGAGUAGCAGUAUAGGUUCGUGCGACUCUCCCUCUCUUCGCCGAUCUAAAAUGUCUAGUCGCCACGAGAAAGAGAAAGGCGUCAACGUUCAAGUUCUUCUCCGUUGCAGGCCGUUUAGCGACGAUGAGUUGAGGAACAAUGCGCCACAAGUUGUUACCUGCAAUGAGUACCAACGAGAAGUUGCGGUAUCGCAGAACAUUGCUGGGAAGCAUAUCGAUAGGGUUUUUACAUUUGAUAAGGUUUUUGGCCCGUCAGCCCAGCAAAAGGAUCUCUACGAACAAGCGGUGGUUCCAAUUGUGAAUGAGGUUUUAGAAGGCUUUAACUGUACUAUUUUCGCUUAUGGUCAAACUGGUACUGGAAAGACCUACACAAUGGAAGGUGAAUGUAAAAGAUCAAAGAGUGGACCCAAUGGAGAAUUGCCACAGGAAGCGGGUGUAAUACCUAGAGCUGUCAAGCAGAUUUUUGAUACACUUGAAAGUCAAAAUGCUGAGUACAGUGUCAAAGUUACUUUCUUGGAAUUGUAUAACGAAGAGAUAACUGAUCUGCUUGCACCAGAGGAAAUUUCGAAAGUUGCAUUGGAUGAGAAGCAAAAGAAGCAAUUACCUCUUAUGGAGGAUGGGAAAGGUGGAGUUCUUGUAAGGGGUCUGGAGGAGGAAAUUGUGACCAGUGCAAAUGAGAUUUUUACUCUACUUGAAAGAGGAUCUGCAAAACGCCGAACAGCGGAAACCUUAUUGAAUAAGCAAUCAAGUCGGUCACAUUCUCUCUUCUCCAUCACUAUACAUAUCAAGGAGGCAACACCAGAAGGUGAAGAGCUAAUCAAAUGUGGAAAGCUGAACUUGGUUGAUUUGGCAGGGUCAGAGAAUAUAUCUCGUUCUGGUGCUAGAGAGGGUCGUGCAAGAGAAGCCGGUGAAAUCAACAAAAGUUUACUUACUCUGGGAAGAGUUAUUAAUGCACUUGUAGAGCACCUUGGACAUAUUCCCUACAGGGAUAGCAAGCUUACUAGGUUGCUUCGUGAUUCCCUUGGUGGAAGAACCAAGACUUGUAUUAUAGCCACAGUUUCACCAGCUGUCCAUUGUUUGGAGGAGACUUUGAGUACUCUUGAUUAUGCACACAGGGCUAAACACAUUAAAAAUAAGCCAGAGGUUAACCAAAAAAUGAUGAAAUCAACUCUCAUAAAGGAUCUUUAUGGCGAGAUUGAACGACUUAAGGCAGAGGUUUAUGCCGCACGUGAGAAAAAUGGUGUCUAUAUCCCCAAGGAGCGAUACUAUCAAGAGGAGAGUGAAAGGAAGGCCAUGACUGAUCAGAUUGAACAAAUGGGGGUUCAGAUAGAAAGCUAUCAAAAGCAACUUGAGGAUUUGCAAGAUAAGUAUGUUGCCCAAGUUCGAGAAUGCUCUGACUUGAGCAGCAAACUUGACGCCACUGAGAAAAAUUUAAACCAAACCGGUAAAUUGCUUGCCAACACUGAAGAAGAAUUGAAGAAGUGUCAGUAUGCUCUCAAGGAGAGGGAUUUUAUCGUAUCUGAGCAGAGGAAAGCAGAAAAUGCUCUGGCAAAUCAAGCAUGUGUUCUGCGGUCUGACCUUGAGAAAGCUCUUAAGGAUAAUGCUUCGUUGUUCCUAAAAAUUGGAAGAGAAGAUAAACUAAAUGCUGACAAUAGAUCGGUUGUUAACAGUUACCAAGUAGAGCUCACUGAACAAAUUGGUAAUCUGUGCAACAUUGUUUCUUCAUCUAUUGCUCGGCAAGAAGAACACCUUCAAUGUGUUGAAAAACUCUGUGCCUCAUUUUUAAGUAUCCAUGAUAAGGCGGUUAUGGAUAUAAAAAAAAAGGUGACAGCUUCAAGGGCUUUGUAUAUUUCCCACAUUGAGGCAGUGCAAAAUGUUGUGCGCUUGCAUAAGGCAAGCUCAGAUGCUUGUCUAGAGGAGAUUUCAACCUUGGCAUCUUCAAAUGCACAAUCUAUUGAAGAAUUUCUGGCAUCGGAGAAUGCUGCGGCAGCAUCAAUAUUUGAUGAGCUUCACGGUUCUCUUUCAUCUCAUCAGGUUGAAAUGUCUCUUUUUGCAAGGGAACUGCGCCAGAGGUUCCACGCAAGCAUUGAGCAAACGAGGUGCAUGUCUGAGUAUACUAACGGGUAUCUCCACAAGCUUUUGGAGGAGUCGAAGAAGCUGGAGAAUCAUGCAGCUCAAGCCAAUGAAAUUCAAAUGCAGAGCCUUGCUGAUUUUCAGAAGUCUUACGAGGCUCAAUCAAAAUCCGACGCAGAGAAACUUAUUGCUGAUGUAACUAAUCUGGUCUCCCAUCAUAUUCGUCGGCAAAAUGAGCUGGUGGAUGCAAGGCUUAUUGAUCUAAGAGAAAGGGCUGUUGUAAACAAGAAAUUUUUAGAUGGGCAUGUUUCAAUGAUGAACGGUAUUGCUACAGACGCAAAAAGGAAAUGGGAGGCAUUCUCUAUGCAAGUCGAGAAUAAUGCUAAAGAUGGUGCUGAUUAUUCUGCUGCCAAACAUUGUCGUAUGGAGAUACUGCUGCAGAAGUGUGUGAGCACUUCAGAAUCGGCACUCAAGCACUGUGAAAAAACGAACGAGUCUGUGACUGAGAUGGGUAAUAAGCACGUCUUGGCCGUGACAUCAGCUAUCAGAAAUGCUUCCGAUGCUAAUCAACAGCACAAUGCUGAAAUUGAUGCUGCAAGACUUGCAGUGGAGCAUGAUGUAACAAAGAAUAGCGAAAAUAUUAUUCAUCGCAUAGAUGGCAUGUCCGAACAGGAAAGAGGAUCUAUACAUGAAGUCAUUGAUACGGUUAAAGCUCACGGCAAAACAAUGGAGGCUUUCCAAGAGGACCAUUCAUGCCAAGCUGCAUCCAUUAAGGAGAAGGCACAGGAAACAUUCCAACAGAGAUUUAUGGACUAUGAACCAAGUGGCACAACACCCAUAAGAAGUGAACCUGAGGUACCGAGUAAGAGUACUAUCGAGUCACUCCGAGCCAUGCCAAUGGAAGAUCUUCUCGAAGAAUUUCGCGAAAACAAUUCAUACGAAUCAUUUGAUUCAAAGGAGCUAAAACCUUCUCUAACACCACGCUCACCACUCGCCCAAAUCAAUUAAACUACCAGCCUUGUCUUGUUUAAUCCACUGAACAAUUGAGGUAUUGUAUCUGUAUAAUUAGUGUAAUACUGUUAUUAUUUGCAGUUCAAAAUGGUCACAGGGAUAGGAGAAGAUGAAGAAUGUUGUCAGGGAGGGGGUGGUGUUUUCUUCUCAGUAAUAUGAAUAAUCCCUUCUUGGGAUUUUGAAAUGUGUAGCUUUAAACUGAAGAAUGUAAAUUGGGGCAAACGUUCACAAUCAUUAUUUGAAACAUACUCUGUAUUGAGACCUAUACCAAUGAUUUAGAUUUUCUUGAA